UUAAAAAAAUGCAUACUGAUUUAUCAGCUCACCUUCAUAAUAAGACCUGCAAUGAGUUAAUACAACUGUUAAGCCAAUGUCACAGUGAGAAUCCCUUCCUGAAAUUUUUUGGAGUGUGCAAUCCUGAAGAUGAUAAAGUAGUAAAAUGUUUAAAGGAAGAACGUCUGGAAAGAAGGAGGAUAAAUUAUGAAAAAUCUUUGGAAAUGAAAGCAAGAUUAAAGAAAAAAUUUGAGGAACAAAGAGAAAAUAAACUAUAAUUGUUAAUGUUUGUACAAAUUUACUUGAAUUAAUAAUAGUGCAUACAAGGUAACGUUUGUUAUAUAAAUAAAAAUCGAUUAAUAAUAACAU